AUGGGAUCCGGAGAACAGCAGUACGAUGUCCUCAUCAUCGGCGCCGGUCUUUCGGGUAUCUGCGCACUUCACAACUUCCGGAACCGCUUUCCAUCGUGGCGCGUCGCUGUUCUCGAGGCAGCGGAUAAUGUUGGAGGAACUUGGUACUGGAACCGCUAUCCGGGAGCACGAGUUGAUACUGAAUCACUCUCCUAUGCAUACUCCUGGGACGAAGACCUUUUGAACGAAUGGAACUGGAACGAGUCCUUCUCCACCCAGUCAGACGUCCUCGAUUAUAUUGAACAUGUCUGCGAUAAGCACAACCUCUACAAAAACAUCCAACUCAAUACUCGGGUGAAGACAGCCAUCUGGCAGGAUAAGAACAAUACUUGGCUGUUUCGUGACGAAGUCGGCACCCAUCACCGGACCCGUUUCUUUAUCAGCUGUAUGGGUUUCCUGUCAACCCCGACGCUUCCUGCCAUUCCAGAUAUUGAAAUGUUCCAAGGCAAAUCUUUCCACACCUCCCGCUGGCCAAAGGGCUUUGAUAUCAGUCGUGAUCUGGCCAACAAGCGAGUCGGUGUUAUUGGCACCGGUGCAACAGGAAUUCAAACAAUCACAGCAGUAUCAAAGGAACCGAGCAUAAAAUCAUUGAAUGUUUUUCAACGCACGGCAAAUUGGUCCGCACCCCUGCGCAACGAGCCGAUUAGCCCCGAGCAGAUGGAACAACACCGCAAGAACUACGAUGCCCUUUUCCAACUAUGCGCCAAGACACCCACCUGCUUCAUGCAUCAGGCCGACCCACGCAAGACCCUAGAGGUGUCUGCAAAAGAGCGGUUGGAGCUUUGGGAAGAUAUAUACGCAAAACCCGGUUUUGCCAAAUGGCUCGGAACAUUCAGCGACACAUACAGCAACCGUGAAGCAAACGAACUCUACUCCGACUUCAUGGCGAGCAAGAUUCGAGCCAGAAUAAAUGACCCUGAGGUUGCUGAUAGCUUGAUUCCUAAGAAUCAUGGCUUCGGCACACGACGAGUCCCUCUUGAGAGCGGUUACUUCGAGGCGUUUAACCAGCCCAAUGUGCAUCUUGUUGACCUUAAGAAGACGCCAAUUGAGAGAGUCACCAAGAACGGCAUUAUCACGUCUGAUGGCAAAGAACACGAAUUAGAUGUUUUGAUCUAUGCAACGGGCUUUGAUGCCAUUACUGGUGCAUUCAGCUCCAUUGAUUGGACAGGGAAGGACGGUCGACCCCUUCUCGGCUCCAGUAACAGCAAGGAAGGUGAGCGAGCAGUCUGGGUUGAUCACCGGCCUCGUACAUACUUGGGUAUGACAGCUUGCUCUAUGCCGAACAUGUUCAUGGUCCUAGGUCCACACCAACCAUUCGGCAAUGCUCCACGGACCAUCGAACACGCCGUGGAGGUUAUCUCGGAUCUCCUGCAACACUGCAAAGACAACAACUACUCCUAUGUAGAGCCGACAGGAGAAGCUGUGGAUGCAUGGACGGAACACGUUGUUGAAAGCAGCAAAGGUGCUUUGUCAAACGAAAUCGAUAGCUGGAUGACCGGGGUCAAUACGAAUGUGAAAGGCAAGACUGUUCGCAAUGUUGCGAGGUACGCUGGCAGUGCGGUGGAGUAUCGCCGGAGAUGCGCUGAGUCUAAAGCAGCCGGUUGGAAGGGUCUGCAAUUUGCUCGACUCUCAAGUUCCAAGCUUUGA